CACUUACUCUCUCAAACACAUUCAAUAGAGACUCUGCUGCAUCAAGGGGCAGAAGAGCAGAGCAAAGGAGGGUUCAGAGGGACACACAGACUGGGAAUACUCCAGUUGACAGGAUUUGUUUGGAGACUCAUGUGCUAAUAUGCUGCCGAGCUCCGCAGGGGAAGCUGAGCACCGGGGAGUUUGACAGGAUCUCAGUGCACCUGCUCCAUGCACACUGGCAGUUUACAGAUCGGCCUCCUCACCCCCUACCAGGAGCUGCAUUUGACUAAUUCUCCCCUCCAACAUUCCAUUAACAGUUUAUGUGGAAGAGCUGAUGUGUGCGAUGGCCAGGCUGGACCAGCAGGUUCUCAUACGCACAGUUCUGUGUUAUCGUUACCUCCCGACCAAACAGCCCAGCCCGAGGAUCUGACCGCUCCUCUCCUCCCUCUCCCCCCUUCCUCCCUCGACCUGGGUGUGUAUUGAUCCCAGGCCCACCAUGGGAGGAUGCUUUUCUAAAACCAAACCAGUUGAAGUUAAAGUGGAACUCUCACUCCUGGAAAAAGAAAAAGAGGUGGAUGGACUCUCGCCUAAUGGCAAAGCGAGUCCCUUCGCUGACUGCAGACCUAACGGGGCCCUGGGACACGGCUCUGAUGAGGACUCCACCGCGCUCCCCCUCUACCACAAACCACGAGACUAUGUGGAGGUCUCCGUCUGUCACGUUAAAGAUCUGGAAAACGGACAGAUGCGUGAGGUUGACUUGGGAAGUGGCAAAGCUUUGUUGAUCAAAGAACAUGGAGAGUUUGCAGCCAUGGGCCACAAGUGUCCACACUACGGAGCACCUCUUGUCAAAGGUGUGUUGUCAAAAGGCCACGUGCGCUGUCCCUGGCAUGGUGCAUGCUUUAACAUUGCAACAGGAGACAUAGAGGACUUCCCUGGACUGGACAGCCUGCCUACCUUCCAGGUCAGAGUUGAAAAGGACAAGGUGAUCAUUCGCGCAAACAAGCAGGCUCUUCAGUUGCAGAAAAGGUCAAAGCCCAUGGCCAGAUGCUCAGCAGUCAUUAACUCCAACACAGGUUUCAGCCAUGUUCUCAUCAUUGGCUCAGGUCCAGCAGGUCUGGUGUGUGCAGAGACACUGAGGCAAGAGGGCUUCACAGAUCGCAUCGUCAUGUGCACGAUGGACAGACAUCCUCCAUAUGACAGGCCUAAACUGAGUAAGUCCUUAGAGAGCACAGCAGAGCAACUGAGACUGCGCUCCAUGAGCUUCUUACAGGACCAUGACAUAGAGCUGCUCACAGAGAAAGAGGCAGUUGCAAUAGAUGUGAAAACUCGAUCCGUGACCUUUGAAGAUGGCUUGAGAAUGGAGUACAGGAAACUUUUUAUUGCUACGGGAAGCAAACCAAAAGCAAUAACCUACAAAGGCAAGGACGUCAGGAAUGUGUUCCACCUCAGGACGCCCGAGGAUGCAAACAGCAUAGCGCAGCUGGCCAACAACAAGAACGCUGUGAUUAUUGGAACAUCCUUUGUUGGCAUGGAGGUGGUUGCAGCUCUAACUGACAAAGCCCACUCAGUCUCUGUCAUCGGCAUGGAGACUGUCCCCUUCAAAAAAGCCCUCGGGGAGAAAUUAGGGAAAUCAAUAAUGAAGCUGUUUGAGGCAAACAGGGUGAAGUUCUACAUGCUGAACGAAGUGUCAGAGAUGAUUGGUCAUCAUGGACAGCUGAAAGAGGUGGCGUUGAAGAGUGGAAAAGUCCUGCGGGCAGAUGUUUGUGUCAUUUGUGCAGGAAGUGUUCCAGCAACAGGCUUCGUGAAGCAGAGCGGCAUCCACAUGGACUCCAGGGGCUUCAUCACUGUCAACAAGAUGAUGCAGACAAAUGCUGAAGGGGUGUUUGCUGGAGGAGAUGUGGUGAUUUUUCCUUUUCCGCCACGGAACAACAAGAAGGUGAACAUCCCUCACUGGCAGAUGGCCCAUGUACACGGAAGAGUGGCAGCUCUCAGCAUGAUGGGCAGAGCCGCCGAGAUCAAAACUGUGCCUUACUUCUGGUCCGCCAUGUUUGGGAAGACCAUACGCUAUGCAGGUUAUGGUGAGGGAUUUGAUGAUGUCAUUAUUCAAGGAGAUCUGGAUGAACUGAGAUUUGUGGCGUUUUAUACCAGGAGUGAGGAGGUGGUUGCUGUGGCCAGCAUGAACUAUGAUCCCAUUGUAUCCCGAGUAGCAGAGGUCUUAGGAUCGGGAAAGACGAUUAAGAAACGAGAUGUGGAGAUGUUAGCACGGCUUGGCAAGACUGGAGACAUUUCCUGGUUGAUUGACAAAGGGUCUUAAUGACUUUACCUCUGAAGGUCACAAGGACAGACCUAAAGUCCACUUAGAUAUGGACACUAAGCAGCUAUCACAGGUCUGGACACACACACACACACACUCACACUGUCACUGGAGAACAGGACUUCUGGAGACACACUUCCCCGAGGACAACACUGAAACCUGCUUUGUUCUUUAGAGACACUUUAAGGUGACAGAUAGAGCCAUACACGGUCUGAAUACACUGCAUCACUGUGUUGGCAGGUCUUUUAUGACAUUUAAAUACAAGCAAUACUGGAUUCAAGAUGUAUCUACCUGUACACUUUGUUAAUAAGAAGCCAAGAAUGGGCAUGGCAAUUUCCUUUUAUACAAAUAACAAAUAACAUUGUAUAUAGCUGUAAUCCUGAAUGCACUGUAACAAGAAUAAGAGAAUACACUUUUCUAAGCUUCUAUAACAGGUUUGGUUAAAUGCUCACAUACAGGCCUUGAAUCUGCAUGCAAUAAUUGACAAUGAGUUUAAUCAAAUAAGCCCCUUGAAAAGAGAGUUUUGAUUCUAGAAAUGCAUCAGCACACAAAUCUGAAACCUGCUAACAACAAACUGCAUAAUGACUUGAAGCAGAACCCUGAAUGCAGCUUUGAUUGGCCUACUAACACACACACACACACACACACACACACACACACACUAAGCUUUAAUUUGUUAUACAGUAAAUGAGAGUUUCUAGGAUUACAACCUUACCUCUUUGUAAUGGCUGCCUUUCUUGUAGAUGGCACAAAUUGAAGUAUAAUUGUGUUUUGAUCACAUACUAGUGCUUGCUCAAUAGAUUCAUGUUUUUUUUUCUUCCUAACAGGUAACCCCUUUAAUGAUUUAGAUGAUUCUUAUAGGAGCUUCAGGACAUUUGGCAUAGCUGGAAUAUUCUUUGUUACUAACUCAGGGAACUGAGCUUUAUGGUUUGGGUUUUUUUUCCAACUAGAAAUGAGUUUUUUGCUUGAAUCUUUGCUCCCCGACACAUUCAUAUUUGUUCACAACUGCUUGUAAUGGCUGUAGAGCUGAUGAUUGAUUACAUCCUGAAAUGCUGCUGAUGAUCCCAAAAUGCUUGACAAAGUCUUUUAAAAAAGAGAAGCCUGGGGGCGGCAUUUUUUUUUUUUUAAACUAAACUUUGGAAUAAAAGUCUUCAAACACGGCUA